AUGUUUUCCCGCAUAUUUUCCCCUGCCUACCGUAUGUUCACGGUAUCUGCGACCUCAUCCCCAAGCAUGAAGCUCGUCGAGUCUGCAAUUUCGCACAACCAGAUCACCGUCUUUUCGAAAACCACCUGUCCUUUUUGUACCGCGACAAAGAGACUGUUUUCUGACAAGUUUCCCGACGUACCAGUCAAAAUAUUAGAACUCGAUCUAUUAGAAGAAGGACCAGCAAUCCAGGCUUAUCUUGCUCAGAAAACGGGACAGCGCACAGUUCCUAAUGUUUUUGUCAACUCUCAGCACAUCGGAGGUAACGACACCACGCAAGCUGCGUACCAUAAUGGAAAACUUUCGACCAUGCUUCAAACAUGA